GAAAAGUCGAUUUUCCACAUUUAACCAUUUGGCAGCUCGGACUAAUAUGCGCUUGUUCCACGCCUCACAUAUUUCUAGUAUCACUAGCUUUGGGGCCCGUUCACAGCGCAGCACACUUGCCGCUGUCCUUCGUAGCGCAUCCUUGCCCUCCACCUUUUUGAAAAGCUCUGUUCGCUGCCUGGCAACUACGACGACUAUGGAGGCCGAUUCUGUGACAUCCAGCGCCGGCGUGGCUGCUGAAGUCGAGUCGCUCCGCGCGCAGAUUGCUAAGCUAGAGACUACCCUGAAGCUGAAGGAGAAGGAGCUGGACACGGUGUACCCCUACUCUCGCAGCUAUAACAAGACAUCUGUCGGCACCAUCCUUGGGUCGGAGGACGGUGGUCGCAAGCUGAUUGGGCAAACACUGCGCGUUGGUGGCUGGGUUAAGACCGGCCGUGAGGCCGGCGCUGGCGCCUUUUGCUUCCUUGAGGUCAACGAUGGCUCCCUAUUCGAGAGCCUCCAGGUGAUGGUGCCCAAGGAGGUUGCUGAGGAGUUCGGCGGGCUGAAGACGCUGGUGCCCACGGGGACCAGCGUGCUGAUUGAGGGUCGCCUGGAGGCCACGCCGGAGGGCACCAAGCAGGCCGUGGAGCUGAAGGCCACCAAGAUCCACCACGUGGGCCCCUGCGACGCCGCCACCUACCCCAUCGCCAAGAAGAAGACCUCCUACGAGUUCCUGCGCGAGAAGAUGCACCUGCGCCCGCGCUCCAACACCAUCGCCGCCGUGGCGCGCAUCCGCAACGCGCUGGCCUUCGCCACGCACAAGUUCUUCCAGGAGAACGGCUUCCUGUACGUGCACACGCCCAUCAUCACCGCCAGCGACUGCGAGGGCGCGGGGGAGAUGUUCCAGGUCACCACGCUGCUGGGCAAGAUGAAGGAGUACGCGGGUGCACCGGCCGUCAGCGCGGAGCAGGUGGAGGCGCUGAAGGCCCAGGUGGCGGCGCAGGGGGAGGCGGUCAAGGCGGCCAAGCAGGCCGCCGCCGCCAACAAGGAGGACAAGGAGCUGGGCGCCGCGUCCAAGGCGGCGGUCAACGAGCUGCUCAAGCUGAAGGAGGAGCUCACGAAGGCGGAGGACGGCGCCCGCAUCGUGGGCGGCAUCAAGCGGCUGCCCGACGGCACCCCCGACUACAAGGAGGACUUCUUCUCCAAGCCCUCCUUCCUCACCGUGUCCGGCCAGCUGCAGGGUGAGUUCUACGCCUGCGCCCUGUCCAACAUCUACACCUUCGGCCCCACCUUCCGCGCCGAGCACUCCUUCACCGCCCGCCACCUGGCGGAGUUCUGGAUGAUUGAGCCGGAGAUGGCGUUCUGUGACCUCAAGGACGACAUGCAGUGCGCCGAGGACUACGUGCGCUUCUGCUGCAAGCACCUGCUGCAGCACUGCCGCCCCGACCUGGAGUUCAUCAACAAGAUGGUGGACUCCACCGCACUGGCCCGCCUGGAGCAGGUGGCCUCCACGCCCUUCAAGCGCGUGUCGUACACGGAGGCCAUCGAGCUGCUGCAGGACGUGGUGGCGCGCGGCGUCAAGCAGUUCGAGUACAAGGUGGAGUGGGGCAUCGACCUGCAGACGGAGCACGAGCGCUACCUGACGGAGGAGAUCUUCAAGCAGCCCGUCAUCGUGUACAACUACCCCAAGGACAUCAAGGCCUUCUACAUGCGACUCAACGAGGACGGCAAGACGGUGGCGGCGAUGGACGUGCUGGUGCCCAAGGUGGGUGAGCUGAUCGGCGGGUCUCAGCGCGAGGACCGACUGGACGUAUUGGAGACGCGGCUGGCGGCCAGCGGCAUGGACCUGGCGGCAUACGAGGGCUACCUGGACCUGCGCCGCUACGGCACCGUGCCGCACUCGGGCUUCGGACUGGGCUUCGAGCGGCUCAUCCUGUUCGCCACGGGGCUGGAGAACAUCCGCGAGGUCAUUCCCUUCCCGCGCUGGCCAGGCAACGCAGCGUACUAAGCGCGGCGUUGUGGAGGCGGUGGCGUGUGGGCUGCGGAGUCACGGGGCAGCGCUUGGAUGAUCAUGGUUGGCGGGGUGUGGGAUCGGAGGUUGGGCUCUGUUGUGGGGGACUUCUGCCGAAAAGGGGUCGGGAGGGAAAGGGUGGAUGUCGUGCAGGACCGUCUGUGCGGGGAGGGCUAGCGGAAGUGGUUGGGAUUUGGGUCGGCUUGAAGGAGGAGGUGGAGGAGGCCGCGGCUGGGAUGAUGAUGGGUAUGCGGCACUCGACAGGCGUGCGCGUGACGCAGCAGGCAGUCUUGGCAGGUGUGAUUGCGCGUUUGUACGCGUUAUGCGCGUCUACAGGCGUGAGAGAGAGACAGAGAGGGGCAUGACUGGUGCGAGUUGAGCGAUGUGUGAGCUGCGGUGUGGCCAACUGAGUUCGCAUGGUCACACCAUGAGAGUGUGAGCACUGACGAGAGGAUAAAUUUGAAGAUGAGCCCGACGCCUUAGGGCGGAGUGGCUGUAGCACCCUACAUUGGGGAACGCAAGCGCCACUGAUACCGGAACAGACAUCGUUAGCGGUCGGGGCGCUGCGGCUUUCGGCACCAUGACUUGACUCUUGGGAUUCGCAGUGAAGUGGGUGCCCCGUUGUGUUAGCCUUGUUACUGGUGGCAGGGGCGGCACUGUCGGGUACAGUGACAGGUGCGCGACAGCACCCGGGGUGGACAGCCUGAUUUUCUUCCCCUCAAGUGCUGUAUGUCCCUUGACAUUGGUUGUGCAUCUGACUGAGAAGUGCCGGCUUGGACAUUUGCGGCUGGGUUUUGUAGAAACUCCAGCAAAGCCUGUUACCGAUACGUGAAGGCUGGGCUCGGCGCUCUUGAUGACAUCUUGUUUGCCCACCACGCACGACUUCUGCAACCUUACAGCAGCGG